GGGGCUCACCAACUGCGCUGCCCGAGAGACAUCCCAGGAGGUCUGUACAGACUCCAGGGAUGCCUGGGAGAUUCCUGUCUGGGUGCUGGUGAUGAUUCAGUGAUUCCCCUGGAGUUGGACAAAAGACCUGCCCUCCCAGCUGUCUGGGUGCUGGUGAAGACAUAGUAGUUCUGGACUGAAGAAGCAAAAUGUCCUCCCAGCUGACUGUUUUUCCAGAGUAGUCUUGCCUGUCCAGGUGGAGACGGGCAUCGAAAUCAUUGAAAGCCCAACUUUUAACUGAAAACCAACUUCAUGUACCACUCCCAAAAUGAGUGAGCAGGUCUCAUACUCAACUGUGAGAUUUAAAAAGUCUUCAGGCUUACAGAACCAAGUGAGGUCUGAGGAGACUCAAGGGGCCAAAAAGCUGGCCACAGAAUUUUUCAGUAUGCUCACGAAAAGCAUGGGCUGCAUGAAACUCUAAGCUGCAAGUAUAACUGCACAACCAUGCAAAAUGACAUCGAUUUAAUGGAAGAAAUGCUAAGAAAUGUCUAUAGAUGUCUAAUGACCUUCUGCAAUAUCUAAACAGAGAACAGAAAAGAUGGUACAGUGAAACUAAGUCUGUUAUACCUUCCUCUCAGCACACAGGCAAAAAUGUUGAAAUACACUGGUUCUGCUAUGGUAUAAAAUGUUAUUAUUUAAUCCUGGACAAAAAAGCAUGGAAUGGAUGUAAACAGACCUGCCGGGAUUCCAGCUUAUCCCUUCUGAAGAAAGAAGAUGAGGACAAACUGAAAAUCUCUCAAGGCCUCUAUUUUAACUUAAAACCUACUUUAUACAUCACUCCCAAGAUGAGUGAGGAGGAGAUCACUUACUCAACUGUGAGAUUUCAAAACUCUUCAGAAGUGCAGAACCAAGUGAGGCCUAAGGAGCCUCAAAGGACCAGAGAAACUGUCCACAGAGAGAGUUCAGUCCCCUGGCAGCUCAUUGUGAUAGCUCUUGGAAUCCUCUGUUCCCUUCUGCUGGUAACUGUUGCACUAUUGUUGACAAACAUUUUUCAGUAUACUCACGAAAAACAUGAACCGGCGGAGGAAACUCUAAGCUGCAACAAUAACUGCAGCACCACGCAAAGUGACAUCAAUUUAAUGGAAGAAAUGCUAAGAAAUAUGUCUAUAAAAUGUAGUCAAGGCAAUGAUCUUCUGCAAUCUCUAAACAGAGAACAGACAAGAUGGUACAGUGAAACUAAGACUGUUAUACCUUCCUCUCAGCACACAGGCAAAAAUGUUGAAAUAUACUGGUUCUGCUAUGGUAUAAAAUGUUAUUAUUUCAUCCUGGACAAAAAAACCUGGAUUGGAUGUCAACAAGCCUGCCAGAAAUCCAGAUUAUCCCUUCUGAAGAUAGAUUAUGAGGAUGAACUGAUGUUCCUUCGACUCCAGGUUCUUUCAGACCAGUACUGGAUUGGAUUGUCAUACAAUAAAGCAAAAGAGGAAUGGUCAUGGAUUGAUAAUGGCCAAUCUGAAUUCUUUCACCUAAGAAUAGUGAUUUCUUAAGAAGAUAUAAAUUUAAAGAUAUAUCAUCUUGUUAAGAAUCCUGAAAUACAUAGAGCUUCCUGCCUCGUCUGGUUCUUAUAUUUUAUUCUAUGUCCUGUUCUGUGCCCUCUCCAGAAAUUUGCUGUUGUUAUACAGGCAAGGAAUUUGAUGCAGAUAUCUCCUUUAGGACUCAGCACAUAUACACUUCUCCUAUGCACUGUGACAAAUUCUACCACUCUACAUGUACGAUAGCCCACUUUGUAAAGAAGGUUCUCUGCCUUAGAGAAGCAUUUCAACUUUAUGAGUUAUCAUUUGUUGAUUGUUCAUCUUAUAGCAUGAGUCAUUGGUAUUGUUUACAGGAAAAUUUGCACCCUUCCCAUGUGUUUCAGGCUCUUGUCUACUUUCUCUUCUACUAGACUUAGCAUAUCUCUUUUUAUGUAGAAGACCUUGAUGUACUUGGACUUGAUCUUUGGAAAUGGAGAAUAUGAAUCAAUUUGAAUUCUUCUACAUGGUCACCCUCCAGUUAACCCAGCACCAUUUGUUGAAACUGCUACCUUUUUCCACAGAAUGGUUUUAACUUCUUUGUCAACGUUGAAGUGACCAUAGGCUGUGGUUUAUUUCUGGGUCUUCAAUUCUAUUCCACUGAUCUAUGUGCAUUUCUCUGCACAAAUGCCAGGUCAUUUAGUUUUUUUUUUUUUAUCACUAUUGCUCUGUAGAACAGCUUCAGGUGUGAAAUGGUGAUCACUGCAGAACUUCAUUAAUUAUUGGGAAUAGUUUUGCUACUUUUUUUUAAAAAUUCCAAAUGAAUUUGAGAAUUUCUCAUUAUAACUGUGAAGAAUUGUAUUGGAAUUUUGAUGAGGAUUGCACUGAAUAUUUUGGUUUUAGAUUUCUUUUGGUAAGGUGGCCAUUUUUAUUAUGUUAACCCUGCUGAAGCAUCAGCAUGGGAGACUGUUCUAUCUUCUGAGGAAUUCUUGAAUUCUUUUCUUCAGACACUUGAAGUACUUGUCAUACAAAUCUUUCACUUACCUGGUUAGAUUCAUACCAAGGUUUUUUUAUAAUAUCUGAAACUAUUGUGUAUGGUGUUGUUUCCAUAUUUUUCACAGUCUGGAUAUCCUUUCAGGAUAGCAAGCCUAUUAAUUUGAUAGAAUUUAUUUUAUAUAAUUAGUGACUAUUGUGAAAGAUGUUGCUUCCAUAAUUUCAUUGUCUGCCCAUUUAUCCUUUCAGUAGGGGAAGGCUGAUUUGUUAGAGUCAAUUUAUAUCCAGGCACUUUGCAGAAGUUGUUCAGCAACUGUAGCAGUUCUUUGGUUGAAUUUGUGGGGUCUCUUAUGUAAAUUAUCAUAUUAUCUGCAAAGAGUGAUAUUUUGACUUCCUCCUGUUCAAUUUUUAUUUCCUUGAUUUACUUUGUUGUCUAAUUGCUCUGGCUAGAAGUUGGAAUAGUAUAAUUUUGACAAAAUCACAACUUAUAUAUUGUAAACUAUCUUUACCAGCCCUACAAUAGAUAGAGGGCUGAUAUCUAAAAUUUACAGAAACCUCAAAAGUUAGACUGCAGAGAGCCUAAUAACCCUAUGGAAAUGGGACUCACAGCUAAACAAAGAAUUCUCAAGUAAAAAAUCUUGCAUAACCAGGUAGUACCUAAAAAAUGUUCAACAUCCUUAGUUAUUGGGGACAGCAAAUCAAAUUAUCCUGAGUUCCCACCUCAUACCAAUCACAAUGGCAAAGAUCAAAAACAAAUUUGACAGCAGAUGCUGAUGAGGAUGUGGAGAAUGUGGAACACUCCUCCAUUUCUAGUAGGACUGCAGGCUGGUAAAACCCCUUUGCAAAUCAAGCUGGCAAUUCCUCAGAAAACUGGAAAUCGUUCUAACUGAAGACCCAGUUAUAGCACUCCUGGAUAUACACUCAAAAGAUGCUCCAAAAUAUAAGAAGGACACAGGCUCCACCAUGUUUUUAGCAACCUUAUUUAUAAUCACCAGAAACUCAAAAUAAUCCAGUUGUCCCUUAAAAGAAAUAUGGAUACUGAAAAUAUGGUUCAUUUAUAUAAUCGAGUACUACUCCACUACCAAAAACAAUGAUUCAUAAAAUUCAUAGGUAAAUGGAUGGAACUACAAAAUAUCAUCCCAAGUGAGGUGACCCAAUCAAAAGAAAAUACACAUGGUUUGCACACAAAAAUAAGUAGGUAUUAGCUAUAAGGUCAAAUUAUCCAAGAUACAAUCCAUAGACCACAUGAAGCACAAGAAAAAAGAUGACCAAUGUGUGGAUGCUUCACACCUUCUAAAAAAAAGGGAGGACAAAAAUAUACAUAGGGGUAUAUAUGGAGACAGACUUUGGAGCAAAGGCUCAAGAAAUGGCUCUUUGGCUGUAUUUGGCUAUUCCUGAGACAGCCACACCUGGGGAUUCAGCAUAUAUACACAUAUAUGCAUAUAUAUAUAUAUAUAUAUAUAUAUAUAUAUAUAUAUAUAUAUAUAUAAACACACACAUAUA